GAGUCUGUGGCAGAGAAAAUGCUGACCAACUGGUUCACCUUCCUGCUAUACAAGUUCCUAAAGGAGUGUGCGGGCGAGCCCCUCUUCUCCCUCUUCUGUGCCAUCAAGCAGCAGAUGGAGAAGGGGCCUAUAGACUCCAUCACUGGUGAGGCGCGCUACUCGCUCAGCGAGGAUAAGCUCAUCAGACAGCAAAUCGACUACAAGAUGCUGGUGGUGAACUGCAUCCACCGAGCAAUGAGAAGAGCCCUGAGAUCCAGGUGAAGGUGUUGAACUGUGACUCCAUCAGCCAGGUGAAGGAAAAGAUCCUGGACGCCAUAUACAAGAACGUUCCCCACUCCCACCGACAGAAGGCCUCUGACAUGG